AUGGAUCCCACAACCAACGAACUGCGCAAGAACGACGACCCCCGGCGGCGCGAGAGCUUCGGAUCACAGAACUCGCAAACCGCAAAAGAAUUUAUUGAGUCUCAAAUUCGACUGGAAGCAGAUGCGCGCGAAGUUCUCCCCUAUUCAUUCGACUCAUGCACCUAUGCCCUCGGCCCAUUACGCCAACAACUCUUUGCUUGUCUGACAUGCAAUCCACCUCCUGCCAAUUCUGAUGGCGAGUACACUGCUGCCGCCGUCUGUUACUCUUGCUCGAUCUCCUGUCACGGAGAGCACACCCUGGUAGAGCUCUUCAAUAAGCGCAAUUUCGUUUGCGACUGCGGAACCACUCGUAUGCCCUCAACAUCGUCGUGCACUCUACGUGAAGAUUCUGUGACGGGACGCAAGGGUGUCCACUCGCAGGAGGCAGCGUCAAGCAACAAAUACAAUCACAACUUCCGCAACCAGUUCUGCGGCUGCGGCGAGCAGUAUGACCCGCACCAAGAGAAGGGGACGAUGUUCCAAUGUCUGGGCCUUGGUACCAUUGAAACUGGGGGCUGUGGUGAGGACUGGUGGCAUCCUGAAUGCCUCAUUGGUCUUCCAAGAGAUUGGAUCAAGACUCAACUGGCUGAGAAAAGGCCUGUCGCUCUUGGUGGAGGAGAUGCCACUGGUGAUACGAUGAGACCCCUCUGCCCCCCAGGUUUCCCGGCUGAAGAUGAUUUCGAUCAUCUGAUUUGCUUUAAGUGCAUUGAUUCCAACCCGUGGCUAAAGCGAUACGCUGGAACCCCAGGAUUCCUUCCCCCGGUGUAUCAAGCGGGUGGUUUGAACAAGAAGCAAGAACAAGAAUCGACCAAUGAAAGUAGUGACGAAGGAAAGAACACCGACAAAGCCUCUACUGAUCAGAAACCCCAGGCAGAUACCUCCAAGAAGCGCAAGGCAACGGAUGAUGAGCCCUCUCAGGGGGAGCCCUCUACGAAGCGAACCAAAGAAGAAAAGGAAGUAGAAAAAACCGCACAAGAGACUCAAUCGGCCAAACUCGCUACUAUUGACGAAGAACCCUCUACAAAUCCAAUUACGGAAACAAACACGUCGUCGACUCCACCCAAACACUCUUCUCUCCCCAUUUCCGUCCCUUGCGAAUCCUUUUCUCUCUUCCUCCAAGCAGACUUCCACCACCGCCUCUGUCGCUGCGCAGAAUGCUACCCCCAGCUUGCGCCAUAUCCACAACUACGCGAAGAAGAAGAGACCUAUGAGCCGCCUCUCUCCGAAGAUGGUGAUGCUAACGGCGCUGCCAGCACCGGCACCGGCAGUCUGUUGGAGCGCGGGGAGGCAGCCCUCAGCAACGUGGAUCGCGUCCGAGCGAUUGAGGGCGCGAUGAUCUACAACCAUCUCCGCGACAAGGUCAAGGACUUCCUGAAGCCAUUUGCAGCGAGUGGGCAGGCUGUGAGUGCAGAAGAUAUCAAGGCAUAUUUUGAGAAGCUGCGCGGUGAUGAACAGGGCAUUCGUGAUGCGGCAGGUCAGGCUUCAGCUAUGGGUGAUGGCGAUAAUGAUGCUGGAGAGGAUAAUCGCCGUGAACAGAAUGGUAAGCUUGGGGUCUACUGUCGGAUCUUAUGUUGGAUUAGUUGCUAA